AUGAAAAGCAACAACCGCACGGAUAAGGUUUUAGGCGCAUUGCCAGAUCUUGGGGAAGAGCUUGGUUUGGCGAGGUUGGCAAAUCUAUGUCGGGAUAUCAAGGCUGUGUAUCCGCCUGGUGCGGUUGUGGUCAUUGCCACUGACGGAAUUUGCUAUAAUGAUUUAACUGGGACCUCCGAUGACGAAGUCUGGGAAUAUGGAAAUCGACUACGGGAGAUUGCCAUUGAAAAGGGAUACGGCUGUAUCCAAUUUAAUCGGAUCAUGAAUAUACUUGGUCUCUAUUGCCGCGAGAAGAUCUCUAAAUCAGAAUAUCUGAAGCUCUGUGAUGUAUCACGAGCAGAUCUUCAUCAGCGGUAUGGAAGACUAGGAUUUGAUGUUGACGGGUUUUUGAAGAGUAAUGAGGACUAUCUUCGAACAUAUAAUGGAUAUGACAAGUUCAUGAAGAUCGACCUCAAAUUUAGUCCGGUGACCGAAGACUGUCCCGGACCAAAACAAUAUAAGAAGAGGAUUAAGAUCAUAGCAAAGGCUAUGAUUGUUCGUGGAGUGCCCACAAAUCCUCACACCGGCCGAGCUUUGACCUUGUGGAGCGGAAUGGGCAGCCAUAUUUCUUCCGAGAAAGGUCGCCGCUGUUCAAAUGGAAUGCUGAAGUAG